CCUUUCUUACAGAAUCUCGAUCAUGCCUUGAUCAGUGUAUCUAUACGGACCGCUACCUAGGCAUGCCGUCUUCAUCAUCAGUAAUGGAAUCCUAUUGUUAUUCCCAUGCAUGAGUAAACCCUCUUUCUUCUUUCAACCUCACAUCCUCCCUCAUCAUACACAUUACCACAUCACAUCUCCAACACCUACCUCUCUCUCACUACCAAUCCCUCUCCAAACAACAACGGUGGCCUGGCCCUGUCUCGCCUCUCACAUGCAGAAAAUCGACUGCUGGCAGCCAUUCGGCGACGUGACGAAGGAUGUCCCCCGAGCCCCGCCGUUUGUGAAGAAAGGCGUCCAUCACUGCCACUGUGAUCUCCCUCUUGAGUGUCGUAUCGGUGGUCCAACAUCCAAGCGGCCCGAGAGCCCGUACUGGGGAUGUGCCAAGUGGCAACCCGAGGGCCAGCACGGAGCAUGUGAGACUUGGAUCUGGGAGGGAGACAUGGAAAAUGCUCAUCGGAAGUGGGAGAGAGAGAACGGAUCUGAGCCGUGCGUGACAAAGCGGUGGCUGGCCGAGACGGCCGAAGGGAGGUUCUCCGAGGGUGGUGGGUUGCGGAAGGUUGCUGGAAACGGGAGAAAGAGACGGAGUCAGAUGGGGAAUGGGAAGAGGUUGCGCGAUAUGUUGGGUAGUAUUGACGUGAAGGCCGAGGAGGUUGAGGACGACGAUGAUUUCAUUGAUCGGGAUAAGGACUCGCACUGGGGAAGCACGUCGUGGCAGCAGGUGGAGGGGGAUGGAGAGGAGGACGAGGGGGAGGAGGUAAUCAGUCAAACACAGGGUGGAAGAGCCGAGGACGACGACGAUGAUGAUGGGAUGAGCAUACCUUCGACUAUCCAUGGACUCCGACCUCGGGGAAGAAAUCUAAAAGCUCACCAUUUCAUCGACUUGACUACCAGUGAUCAAGAAGAUGAGCAAUCUGACCACAGGAGGCCCAGAGCUCUUCAGAUGGAGGUAAAGGCUCUGAAGAAAGAGAACGAGGUUCUGAAGGUGGAAAACAAGGCCCUUGCGAAAGACCUGGAAGGUGAAAAGGAGGUCGUUGAGCUCAAGAACAGAGAGACUGCCAUUCUAAAGGAGAAGGUGGAGGCAAGGGAAGAUCUGAUCAGGCAGUUGAAGGGGGAGGAUGCUGUCGUUAAGAAGCAGCAGGAGAAAGUGCCCGUCGUUGGUGACAUGGGGACGGUGAAGCUGGGAGGCAUGGUAAAAGCGGUGCGUGGAGUUAUGGCAAGGCAUCCAUGGUGGUCAAUCCGAGUGCAUCUCUGA